CCAUGAAGAAGGCAUCGCUCGUUGCGCUGCUCGUCGCCCUCGUCUCGUGCGCGCAGGGCACCACCGUGCAGGCUCCCAAUUUGAGCGCACAGCCUGAUCGUGCCAACGCUGUGAAGGCGGCCUAUGUCAAGAGCUACAAUGCUUACCUGCAAUACGCCGAGGGCUCUGAUGAGCUGCUGCCGCUAUCUCGCAAAGGCGACGGCGGCUUCGGCAACUGGGCCGCAACAGCCAUCGAUGCGCUGAGCACGCACCACCUCAUGGGUCUCAGCGACCUCUUCUCGCGCAGCGUCGCGUUCGCCGAGAAGGUCGACUUCAGCCGCACGACGCAGUCAAGCAUCAGCAUCUUCGAGACUACGAUUCGAUACGUCGGUGCUCUGCUCUCAGCCUAUGAGCUCGACGGAAAGCGCAAUGUCAAGCUGGUGCAGCAGGCUCAGGUGAUCGGCGAUCACCUGCUGCGAGGAUGGACGGACAACCACGAUUUGCCGUACAACACGCUGCGCGACUGGAACAACUUUGGAGGCCCGCAGACUGAUGGUGCCAUCAUCGCCGAGACUGGCACACUGGUCAUUGAGCUCGAUCGCCUCUCAAAGUUCUCGGGCAACAACACGUACCGAGAGUUUGGAGUGCGCGCGAUGCGCGCUACCGUCGAGUCGAAGCAGAGCCUUCCGGAUGGCCUGUACGGCCAGCAAAUUGACCCAGAGACGGGCGAGGGCUCGAACCUCAUGACGUGGGGCGGAGGCAGUGACUCCUUCUUCGAAUACAUGAUCAAGUACGCACAGCUCAUUGGCCGUCCGAAUGAUAUCUGGGCGCCGGCAUGGAUCAAGACCGUCAAGGCUUCCAUCCAGCAUCUCAUCACGCGCGCCGGCGGCACGUCCAAGCAGCUCACCUACCUGACCGACUACACCACCUCUUCCGGUCAGAUUCCGCGCUGGUCUCACCUCGGAUGCUUUGCAGGCGGCAACUGGAUCCUCGGUGGCCGCCUGCUGCGGAACGAUGGCAUCGUCCAGUACGGUCUUGAGCUUGCUGAGAGCUGCAUCAACACGUACACCAGCAGCGCGUCGGGCAUCGGCCCCGAGUCGUUUGUCUUCAAGACGCAGAGCGGCUCAAGCAAUGGCGUCACGAUCAACGACCCAGCCGGCUACUACGCCCGAGGCUUCGACUACGACAGUCCUGCGUAUAUUCUGAGGCCCGAGGUGCUCGAGUCCGUCUUCUACGCCUACCGCGCCACGGGCGAUACGCGCUGGCAAAAUCUGGCGUGGACGGCGUUCCAGGCGCUGCGGAAGCACUGCGAGAGUGGCAGCGGUGCCUGGGCCUCCAUCAACGACAUACGCAAGACGAACACGGAGCAGAUCGACAACAGCGAAAGCUUUGUGUAUGCCGAGACCCUCAAGUAUCUCUUCUUGACGUUCGCGGAUCCGGAUAUUGUCUCGCUGGACACGCACGUUUUCAACACCGAAGGCCAUCCGUUCCAGAUCGAUGAUCCGGACGCCGACUUCACCUCACUGCCCGUCGGCACGUUGCCCACGCCCUCCGGCUCAGCCAAGGGCAGCUCUCGCACCGCAGAGGACGUGCCGGCGCCGCUGCUCAGCGGCCUGCCCGCGGGCCUUCGGCUCUUGCAGAGCGUCGCGGAGGGCGUGCAGAAAGUGCUGGGCCGCGACGAGCCUGCCGCUCCGGCGCCUGCGUCCGGGCCUGCCGGCAUGCAUCGCCGUCGUAGCCCUGCCGCUUUCUUCUAG